AUGUCGAUUGCAACAAUCCUCCUAUCAUUUAUUGUAUCAUGCUUUGGAAUUAUUGCAAAUUGUUCAAUAAUCGUCUUAGUUAUAUUGACAAAACAAUUGAAUUCACCAAACCGAAUUUUGCUCCUACAUUUAAGCAUUGUAUGUUUAGCAUUAUCGAUCCUGUAUUUAUGGGCAUUAAUAAACAAUUCCAUUAUACCAUCAUACAUUCAACGAGUUGAUCUGGGGACACCGGAAUCGCUUGCUAUAACCACAAUCACGACGACUGCAAGUAGUAUGAGUCUUCAUAAUCAUUACAGUAAUGCAUUAUAUUCUAAUAGUUUUGACUAUACAACAACAACAACAUCAACAUCAACAUAUCGUUCGUCAUCAACCAGCGCUGCAACAAUAAUAAAAACCUCAUCAAUUUAUGAUUCCGUUUAUAGCUUUAAUGAUUUAUUAAUUCACUUAUUACAACCAAUCGGUCUAUGGACAAUAAGCUGUAUAAACUUUGAUAGAUAUUAUGCAAUUUGUUCACCGUUACAUUAUAACACGUUAUUUACAACAAAGAAGGUUACAAUAUUUUUAUGUAGCGGAUGGAUAAUAAUAAUCCUUACAAUAUUUCCUGUAUAUGUGAUGCUAAUGAUAUCGGGUGAGCGGAGUAUAAUGGGUGUAUAUUUUUUCAAACACAUGGACGUGCAAAAUGAAUGGAAUAGAAAUCUAGAUAGGGAUUAUUAUUGGUUUGAAGUACAAAUUCUACUGACAACAUUACUGACAAUAUUCUUGCCAAUAACGUUGAUUGUUGCCUGUAAUAUACGGAUACUAACGAUAGCCAACUAUCAACGUCAUCGGAUUGCAAGUGCAAUUUAUGAAUCAGUUUUAUCAGCACAAAUUGCCAUAACUCAUCAGAAGAAUCCAUUUCCUCCCAUACCGGGAUUAAUAAAUCAACCAUUUCCCCUAGCGAGCUUAUAUCCGCCAAAGCCAAACUCCUUAGAGAUGCAAAGGAAAAGUCAGAAAGCGACUCUUGUCGUUUUCGAGUUACUUGCUUCGAUUAUCAUACUUUACUGUCCAUACUACAUCUUCGUCAUUGUAUUCAGCUUUAUACGAAAGUCAAACAAUUCUUUUAUAUCGUCGGAGACAAAGCAACAAUAUGAAACAACGGAGACUGUCUUAAACAUAAUCAUCUAUCUCAUACAAUUCCUUAUGCUGUGUUCGCCGACGAUAAAUGCAAUGUUGUAUGGCUUCAAAAACAAAACAAUUCAAGAAAAUAUUUAUAAUAUAUGGCGUAAGCAGAAGACAAAGAUUGAAUUGCACUAUGAGAUACAGGCACGAACGCCAUCAACAUGUGGUUCACGUAAAGCAAGCCUAACUGAAGUAACAACAAACAUGCCUCAAAUGUUUCAGCCGCAGUUAAAAAGACAAUUAAGUGAGUUCUUCUUUGGCACUUCAUCAUCACUAACGUCACAUUUGAAUGAUGAUAAUACAGCAUUUUACUCUACGAAAAUUUAUCGUACUCCAUCUGACUCAUUAUUUAAUACGGCAAGUGCACGACGUAGUUCUCAUCAUGAAUUCUUAUCGCCACAUUUUGAUCCGCUUGGUAAAAUGCCAUUACAAACAUCAUCUGCCAAUUCGCCUUCAUCAAUGCAAGCAUCGUCGUCAACAGCAACUAAAAAUGGCCUUACACAUAGCACGAGUAAGAAUUUAUUGAGCAACUUUAAAAAACUUAUUGCUGGCGGCAGUAAAAUUGAGCUAACAGAUGAUGACCAAUCAUCAGCAGAUGGUGGCAUGCAUUUUCCGAAAAUAUUGAUUACAAAACAUAGUGAUAGCUUACUAACGACACAUUCAACAAGUCGACGAGAUUCAGACAUUCAACAGGUGGCAGUUGAAGAAGAAUUUGCAGCUGAACGUGAGCCAUUGCUUACAACACAAACAUACUCGUUAGAAAAUGUCAAUUCAAGCAUGUCGACAAACACGAGAAAGUUUCAGACACUUUAACUUUUCCUUAAAAUUCUCAGUUCCUGUUAUACAUUACUUUAAAUUUCAUUAAUGUUAAUUAAUU